AUGAGAUUGGUACGUGACUUCUGGGAGGCUGAUGCUAGGAGGAAAAAAAGGUGUGUAUCAGGUGGGGUUGUGGCAAGGAAGUUGAACUGGAUAUUGCCUGAGAAAAAUACUAUUAAAUUGAAUAUUGACGCAGCUUUUAGUAAAGAGAGAGGAAAAGCCUCCGUAGGCAUGGUUGCAAGAAAUGAUGAAGGUAGCUUUGUUGGUGGUUUUGGGAAGGAGGUAGUAGCAGAUUCUGCGUUCAUGGCCGAAAGUAUGGCUCUGCUUGGGGCUUUAGAAUGUUUUGAUAAAUUUAGCAGUGGGAGAGUAGUGGUGGAGACCGACUGUCAAAUGCUAUUUGACAAGCUACAGAAAAAGGAGAUAACAGGAUGUGAGUGGAGCUGUGAGGAUAUUCUGCAGAAGUGUCUCGUUUUGCUUGAGGAUAGGUAUAAUUGGGUUCUGUCUUUAGUUGCAAGGAAAGGGAACAAGGCUGCUGAUCAUCUGGCGGCUGGAGUUUUGAGAAGAGUGGUACCGCAAGGAUGGUUCAAUGAACCACCACCUUCUCUGGAACCUUUGUUGCAGUUAGAUUUAGUGCACAGAUUGGAUGAGGAGGAGGGGAGCAGCAGCAAGAAGAAGAAGAAGAAGCGUGUUCCAGCCAUAGUAAAGAUACCUAAGAGUGCACAUUCAAUGGAUAUCACUUGCGGAACAUUGAGUAGUUUGGUUGACAAGUUCCGGGAUCUAGUGAUCGAUCUAACUUGGGAGCAGCUUCGUUAUCUGUUUCAGUAUCACAGAAACAUUGAGGAGCUCAAUGAACGACUUAAGGAACUCACCCUUGAAAGAAGCUCCAAACAACAGCAAAUAGAUAAUGCUAGAAACAAUUUAGAACAAAUUGAAGAGAAAGUUCAGCAUUGGUUGCGCAAAGUAGAUGAGAUUUUAACGCAAACACAAAUGUUUCAUGAAGAAGAGAGUCAAGCAAAAACAGAGUGUAGCGUAACUUCCUGUCCCAACCUGUGGCUACGUUAUAAACUAAGCAAAAAAGCAAAGGAAAUGGCACAAGAAGCUGUUGAAAUCUAUGGAAAGAGAAUCUUUGAUAGAGUUUCAUAUCCUGUUCCUCCUGUAUCGAUGCCAGAAUUACUCAGCAGAGAAAGCAAUGAAGGGAUUGGUUCAAGAACGCAUAUUGCGAAUCAAAUUAUGGAGCACUUACAUAAUCCUAGUGUUGGUAUUGUCGGAUUGUGUGGGCUUGGUGGUGUUGGCAAGACCACUAUAGCUAGAGAGGUAGCAAAGAAGGCGAAGAAUCAAAACAUGUUUGAAAAGGUGAUCAUGGCAACUGUUUCUAAUGAAUUCAACGUUGACAAGAUUCAAGGCCAGAUUGCAGAGAACCUGGGUAUGCAGCUCAAUGAAAAAUCUGAAGGAGUAAGAGCUCGUCGUCUGUGUGAGAGAUUGAAGCUAGAGAAGAAUAUGCUCCUAAUAUUGGAUGAUCUUUGGAAGGAACUUGAUUUGGGCGAAAUUGGAAUUCCCUUUGUUGAUGUUGGAAGUUAUAGCAAAAAGAAUGAAGGCUGCAAAAUUUUACUAACUUCAAGGAAUAAGAGUUUGCUGUCAAAUGGCAUGAAAUGUCAAGAAAUUAUCGAAGUGGGUGUUUUGUCAGAGGAUGAAGCAUUAGAGUUGUUCAAGAGGAUUGCUGAACUUUCUAAUGACUCCAGCAGUCCUGACUUGAUAUUUAUAGCCACUGAGAUUGUUCGAAAGUGUCAUGGCUUGCCACUACCGAUUGCAACAGCUGCCAAGGCAUUAAGGGGGAAAAAUCUAGAUGAGUGGCAAGAUUACUGUGCACGAUUGAAUCAUCCUUUAAGGAGAAACAUCACAGGAAUUAAAGAGGUGGAUGCCAUAUUGAAGUUGAGCUACAAUUGUCUAAGCUCAGAGAAAAAACAUAUUUUCUUGCUCGCUGCCAUGCUGUCCCAUGAUCCCUCAAUUGAAGACCUGCUCAUGUACUCUGUAGGGUUAGAUAUUCUUGAUGGCAUAGAAAACAUAAAAGAUGCCCACGUUGGAAUCUCUGCUGCAGUAAGCAAGCUAAAAUCAUUAAACUUAUUUCUUGAUAGCUUUUCUAGUCAUCACGUUACAAUACAUGACGUCUUUCGAGAUGUUGCAUUAUCGAUUGCACCCAAUGAAUUAAAUGCAUUCAUUGUUAGGGGUAGAAGCUUGAAAAAAUGGCCAGACAAAAAUAAGCUUGAAGACUACAAGGGAAUUUGCUUACAAAAGAGUCACAUUGGUGACUUUCCAGAAGAGCUGCAUGGUCCAAGAUUAGAAUUCCUUCUGCUAGACAGCACAAAACGUGAUUUGUCCAUAUCUAGCAUGUUUUUCAAAUCAUCAAAGGAGCUGAAAGUGUUGGCAUUUACCAAUGUGCAUUUUUCGUCACUACCAUCACUCAUUUUCCUGCAAAAACUAAAAACUUUGUGUCUCCAUUCUUGUUUGCUAGAAGACAUAAUUGAGGUUAGAAGCUUGAAGAGGUUAGAAGUCCUAAGUCUUGCUUACUCUGAAAUUCAACAACUACCUAUUGAAUUGGCAGAGUUAACUUCUUUACAAAUGUUGAAUUUAGCCCAUUGCUCCAAGCUCAAAGUGAUUCCACCAAAACUGCUAUCGGGCUUUAAAAAAUUGGAGGUUUUGCACAUGGGAAAUAGCUUUGACCAGUGGAAAGUUGAAGGAUCUACUGAAUCUAAUGAAAACGCAAGUCUCGACGAGUUGAAGGGCUUGCCAAUCUGUUCUCUAGAUAUUCAUAUUCCUCUUGCCUCUAUGUUGCCGGAGAAUUUGUUCUUAGAUAUGAAUUUGAUGAGAUACAAAAUUCUCAUUGGGAAGCAUUGGGACUGGAAUGUCAACUAUGAAAGUUCAAAGAUAUUGAAACUUGAGCUUAAGAGCAAUGUCCAUUUGAAGCCUGGAGUUCGAAAGUUGAUGAAAGGAGCUGAAGAUUUGUGUUUAUAUGGAUCUAAUGGGCUUGAAAAUGUUCUACAGGGUCAUGAUGGAAGAUCAUUUCCACAUUUAAGGCAUCUUCAGAUUGAAAGUAACGAUACUAUUGAAUCUAUUGUUUUGAACUCAGCACGUCAUGAAGAAGCAACAAAUAACGUAUCCAAUAAAAUGUCUGAGUCACUUUUGAACAAGGUGUUGCUUUCAAAAUUAGAGAUAUUGCAAUUAUCUAAUUCGAUCGAUUUGAUUCCAAUGAUAUGGGAUGACCAACUUUCACACAACUCAUUUGGGAACUUGAAAACAUUGUUUGUGAAAAAUUGUGGCUUUGUGAAAUUGGUGCCUCUUCGUGUGAUGAAAUCUUUAAACACCUUGGAAGAACUAGAAGUUAGGAACUGUGACAUGUUGGAGUUGGUGUUUGAUUUUGAAGAUUUGAGUGAUUAUACAGAGGUGGAGUCAUCAUCAGUGAUUGUGCCACUGAAAAAGUUAACGCUAUCUAGUUUGCAAAAGUUGAAGAAUGUGUGGAGCAAUCACUAUGAAGCAAAUGUCUCCUUCCCAAGUCUAAGGAGCGUGCAUGUUUCCUCUUGUGAAAGCCUCACAAGUCUGUUUCCUGCAUCUAUAGCCAAAGGCAUGCUUUGUGAUCUUGAAGAGCUUCGAAUAGAAUAUUGUGGUAUAGAUGUGAUUGCUGCGAAGGAUCAAGUUUCAGAAUCUGUUGCUCCUCUGUUAGAGUUUCCUAGGCUGACUUUCCUUAAGCUUUCUGGCCUUAAAAAUUUGAGGAAUUUCUAUCCACAGAGACACACAUUAGAAUGGCCACACCUUUGUCGAUUAUCUAUUAGAAGUUGUGAUGAAUUGGAGAUAUUUGAAAAGGAAGUCUCAAGUUCAUUAGAAAUACACGAGGAAGGGAGCUCAUUAGACUCAAAAUAUCCUCUACUGUCCCAUGACAAGGUCACUCAUAAUUUGGAGGAGUUGAGAUUGGAUGGUAAAGGAGCUGAGAUGAUAGGGAACGGCCAGCUUUCAACCUACCACUUCCCCAAAGUGAAGUUGCUUAGUCUAGAUGUUGGUUAUAAAGCAACGACUAUUUCAUACAAAUUGUUGUUGAAGGGCUUUCCAAAUUUAGAGGAGCUGAGAUUGGCGGGUCACAUUAAGGAGGCUUUUGGCAGAGGGGAUGAUGUCCCCCUUCCAAUAAAAUUGACUCUUGUCUGUAUUUCCAAAAUCACAAGCUUGGCACCACUCUUAGUUUCUCCACCAAAUCUCACACAUCUCCACGUGAUGUAUUGUCAUCAGUUGACCACUUUGAUGACAUCAUCAGUUGCUCGAAGCUUGGUCCAUCUCACAAGUCUCUCAAUUAUCCAUUGCUUUGAAAUAAAGGAAAUUAUAUGGAAGCAGGAAGGAGAGGAUGACGACGAUGAGGAAGUCGUUUUCAGCAAGUUGCAGUAUUUGAACCUCGAAAGCUUACCAGGAUUGAGGAGAUUUUGCGGCUACAAUUAUACUUUCAAGUUUCCAUUAUUGGAUCAGCUGAUCAUAACAGAAUGUCCGAAAUUCAAAGUAUUCUCUCCAGGGCUCAUUGAGACACCAUCUCUUAAAAGAGUUCAAGUGUCACAAAAUCGGAGGGUAAAACAUCAUGAAAUUUGGGACCCCAAUCUUAACAAAACAUUCUACCAACAGAGAUUUGUGACAUCAAGAGAGAUGGUGUUAGAUGAGGAUGAUGUUAGCAUGAUAAGGAAUGACCAAUUUCCAGCGGAUUGUUUUGCUCAAAUGGAAAUUCUGCGCAUAGAAGGAUUUGAUGAUGAAGGGGCAACAUUUCCUGCUGAAUGUGUUCCAAUGCCAUCAGCUCAUCUAUUUAAUGACAAAUUCAGCCGCCAAAAGUUUGGUGAAUCUUGA